UCACAAACAAACACUCCACCAAAACCAAAGAAUAAAAAUCUAGAUUCAACAAAUUCUUGUGAAAAAAAUGUCUGGGCGUGGAAAGGGAGGAAAGGGACUGGGCAAAGGCGGAGCCAAGAGGCACCGGAAAGUACUUCGAGACAACAUCCAGGGCAUCACCAAGCCUGCUAUUCGAAGACUUGCCAGAAGAGGCGGUGUUAAGAGGAUUUCAGGUCUCAUUUACGAAGAGACUCGCGGUGUGCUCAAGAUCUUCUUGGAGAAUGUGAUUCGUGAUGCGGUUACUUACACCGAGCACGCCAGGAGGAAGACGGUCACUGCUAUGGAUGUGGUCUAUGCUCUGAAGAGGCAGGGCAGGACUCUUUAUGGAUUCGGUGGAUAGAUUAGCUUUUGUUAGCUGUGAUUGUAGAUCUUGUCACUGUUUCACAUCUAGCUUACUUUUGUUGUCAAUUAAAGUUCUAUCUAUGUGAUUGUUAUGUAUUCGUGGUUUAGUGAAAUGAACAGUUGAAAUGGUAAA